AUGCUAAGUCGUGUCGUGUUGCCUUUAUUGAGGCCUCGUGCGGUCACAUCUUCUAUCCGAGCAUCAUUCACAUCUCCUGCGCAUCUGCGAUAUUUCGCUAAUAACAGCAAACCUCCUCUCCCUUUUUCUUCAAAUUUGCUAAAAUCCCAAUCAAACACACCCAAGCCGCCACAGCAAGAGCAGGAGUUUUUAGAAAGCCAGGCGGAAUUUAAGUCCAGCGGGGAUGCUCAGAGGAAUACCGCCCCUGAAUUCACGGGGACUGGAGCCAGCGCAGAUGCAGCACAGACGGGGGGCUCCAAAUCACAGUCAGACGUGCCGAAGGAUCAACCGGAGUUUGAUACAGCCGCUGAUUCUCCGAAAGAUGAGGCUGCGGAGGAACCUUCACAACCCCAGAAACCACUUCCAGAUCUCACACGAGGCAUCCCUUCUACAAUAGCAGAAGAGCUUCAAGCUCGUUCAAAACACCGCCCAACUAGUCUUAACCUCACAGAAAAUGAAUUUUCUGAUGGAGGCGAUGGUGGCGACCUCCCGAAAAAUCCCUACGUAUCAUCCACCGAGCGUCGACGCAACAAAUUAAUUAAUAUUAUGUACGCUGUGUUCCUCGGUGCUGGGGUUGGGGGUACGAUAUUUCUGGGUCGAAAUUGGGAUACGGAGGAAGAGGAGAAGCAGCACAAGGACGCCCCCUCGGGCUGGGGCUUUAAGCUGUUUUUUGACCGUAUUAAGGCUCGUUUCGCAGAUAUAACGAGUUACUACAAGGAUCCGGCUUUUGAGAAAUUGCUCCCGGACGAUGACUCUAUGAUGCGGCAACCGUAUACGCUUGUUCUUAGUUUGGAGGAUCUCUUGGUUCACAGCGAGUGGACUCGGGAACAUGGGUACCGGGUGGCUAAGAGGCCUGGCGUGGACUAUUUCCUGCGGUAUCUUAAUCAGUAUUACGAAUUGGUCCUCUUUACAAGUGUUCCUAGCAUGAUGGCGGACCAGGUUCUUCGAAAGCUUGACCCGUACCGCAUUAUUCGUUGGGUCUUGUUCCGGGAAGCUACCAAGUAUGAGGAUGGUGAACACGUCAAGGACCUUUCCUACUUAAACCGCGACCUUUCCAAAGUGAUAUUGGUCGAUACCCACGCUCCCCACGCCAAACGCCAGCCCGAAAACGCCAUAAUCCUCGAUAAAUGGAAAGGAAACCCACGUGACAAAGAACUUGUGGCCCUGAUCCCCUUCCUCGAAUACGUAGCCGGCAUGGGCAUCGAAGACGUCCGCCCAGUCCUCAAAUCCUUCGAGGGAACCAAAUUACCCAUCGAAUUCGCCCGGCGUGAGAAACUCAUGCGCGAAAAAUUUGAGAAACAGCUCGCUGAGGAGCGCGCUAAGAAGCCCAAGUAUAGCGUCAGCAGUGUUACGUCGCUCUUUGGCAUCAAACCAACCUCACCGACUAUUGAUGGUGUGGAUCCUGUUGCGGGCCUGGAGCAGGGUAAGAUGCUGUGGGAUCAGAUUCGGGAGAGGGGUCAGAAGCAGUAUGAAUUGAUUGAUAAGGAAAUUCGGGAGAAUGGAGAGAAGUGGCUGGCGGAGAUGGCGGCAGAGGAGGAGAAGGCUAGGGAGGAGCAGAUGAAGGGGAUGAGGAAUAGCUUUACUGGAUUCUUUGGGUUUGGUGGUGGUAGUGGUAGUGGUGCUGGCGGUGCUGGCGGUGCUGGAGAUGGCCAGGCGAAGAAAUGA